AUGCGGCCUAAUACUGCCAAUGGGGUUUGCAACCCGCGGGCGCCCUGCAGCCUUUGCCGGCGAAAUAUACCCCUGAUUCCUUUACUAGUAGAAGAAGAAAAUGAAGAAGAAGAAGUAGAAGAAGAAGAAGAAGAAGAAGAAGAAGAAGAGAUAUAUCAAGUGCGCCGCAACAAGCAGCACCAGCAGCAGCAGCAGCCGUUGCUGUCACUGCAGCAGCAUCGAUUACGUAGAGCUGCCGCAGGGAGCAUUGAGGAGCUUGAACAGGCCGAAGAAAACCUAGGAAAAAUUGAGAGAACAAUGAGAUUAAUAAUCAACGAAACAAAGGAGAAUUCAAGAAGCCGUCUCGUUCCAGAAGAGACACCCAUGCACAAACACUAUCGCUUGCAGCUCUUCACUCUUGCAGAAGAAACAAAUAACAACAAGUUGAAGUUGGCAUGCAAUAAAUCGACGGAGUCAACAGCUGUACAGACAGCAUGCCCUUCUGAGGCCGUCGUGCAGGCAUUCCCUCUGCACGGCCAUUUGCUGGCGCAGGUAUUUGCGCUUGUAGGGGGUGAAAGCAAACAAAGAAGAACCGUUUGCCUUGUUUGUAAGGAGUGGGAGGAGACUGUGGGGCUGGUAGCGACUGUAUGUGCACCUUUUCUUUUCGUGCAGCUGCAAGGCCUUCGACCUCCCAGGGACGGAAUGCCGCCGCGUGUCAUCGCGUAA